ACACUAUUGAGGCAUAUCUUCUGUGACCUACAUUGAUGAUGUAAUGAGAGCAGGACCCAGUGAUGACUGAUGUGGAACCCGCAGUCACCGAUUUUGAAGCAUCGGGCAGAACUGGCCGCCGCAACGCCGUGCCAGACGUGCAAGGGUCAACCGCUGGGGCCAAACUUCCAGAGCCACCGACAGAGAGCUCCGCUAGUGACGGCCAAGAAGGAGAGGGGUCAUCGACUGCAAGUGCGUCAAAGAGCCAUCCAGAGGGUGAGGAAAAGACCGAGGGGACAUGACAAACCACCUGCCACCUAUCCGGCUAAACCUGCACUCAGGCCUCUGCCCAGCUAAACCUGCACUCAGGCCUCUGCCCAGCUAAACCUGCACUCAGGCCUCUGCCCAGCUAAACCUGCAAUCAUGCCUCUGCCCAGCUAAACCUGCACUCAGGCCUCUGCCCAGCUAAACCUGCAAUCAUGCCUCUGCCCAGCUAAACCUGCACUCAGGCCUCUGCCCAGCUAAACCUGCAAUCAGGCCUCUGCCCAGCUAAACCUGCAAUCAUACCUCUGACCAGCUAAACCUGCACUCAGGCCCCUGCCCAGAUAAAUCUGAACUCAGGCCUCUGCCCAGCUAAACUUGCACUCGGGCCUCUGUCAGGCUAAACCUGCGCUCAGGCCGCUGCUUAGUCUAACCACCUUGUGCUUUGUCCUUAACACUGAGCACCCAGAUGGGUCAUGAGAAAUAUCUAUGGCCUGUGUGCAUGUGUGUUUGUGUGGCUAUAAAGAGACACACACAAAUAUUUAUAGGUCUAUGAACACAACAUUUUCUAUAAGUUCCAUCAGCCCCCAUUGGCUGGGAACCUGUGGCCUGAAACAUGAAAAUGUCAAUUUUUGUUUGUUUUUGUGCUUGUUUAUUUUUAUGAAGCAAUUAUUUGUUUCAGGUACUGCAGAAGAGCACCAUAUAAAAUGUUCACACAGCUAAAUUUUGUGCCACAGAUGUAUGAACAUUCAGUUUGGGUACUGAAGUCCACAUUUUAUUAUUUUUAUAAUGUUUGAUAUAUUACCUGUUAACAUGGUAGUAGACA